AGAGAAGAGAAACCCGCCGUUAAGCGAACCAGCUGACCGAAGCGAAGCUGAAAGCAGCGAUCGGCUCCAGAGAGGAAUCUCGAGCGCGCAACGUGUUUUAGUUGCGUUCAAACGCUUUAGUCUGUAAGUAAGCAAGCCGAAAGCUAACGCAACAUCACGUAAACGGAGCAACGAUCGAGGCUCUGGACGGUCCGAGAGCUCAACGCCAAAUGCGAACCACUUUUGCGAUCGGUCAGCUCGCGAGUCGCCGGAAAGCUAAAGUGAGAGUAAAUUCAGGCGCGCGCGCUCCCGCUGCCGCAACUAUUCCAACAACACGGAAAGAAAGUAAACGCUGCGAGACAAGCUCGCUCGAUUACCUAAUCCCAGCUGAAGUUGGAGGCGCAGAUUAAUGGCUGGGCGCUCUCCAUGCCACAACGCCAUGAGAUUUAGGAGGAGAAAACAGAAGCCCUGAGACUAAAGACCCAUUUGAAUCAUAAAAACAAAAACAAGAUCGUCGCAUCGAUCGUCGCAUCGAUCGACCCAUUGUGAACUCAUCUACUCAUAACUUGUAGUUCCAUGUGGCAUCCAUGCAUUGCUAAUUUAGAAAGCGCCAGUUCAACAUAAUCAUAGCAUAUCGGCAGCAUCACUAUUCAUAGACAUUCACACGAUCAGAUUGGUGUCCCAUAGAGCUUGUGCAGCCUGCAGCUUGCUUUCUCCCGCGUCAGUCGUGUCUGUGUCGCCGUCGCGAACUUUAGCUUCAACUCGAAGCCUGAUAGCUUAACACAAACUGGUGCCCAAAUUGAACCAAAGCGCGCGAUGAUAAUGCAACGCUUCACGCUCUUCACAGUGCUCUUAUCGUUGGCCAGUGUCGAUUCCGGUAACAACCCGCCACAAAACGUGCCUCUAUCCGUGCCGCUUGCGGCCUCUGUGCGCCCCGUGCCGCGCAGUCUCCAUGCGGCCAGCAACAACAGCAGCAGCAGCAACAGCCGAGGAAACGUUCCAAUUGCAGUCGUCGAGCAGCAGGAGGAGGAGGUGCCGUUGGCAACCACAAAUGGCCGCGACAAGAGAGGCACGAGCGGCGGCAGCAGCAGCAGAAACAGCAACAGUGGCAGCGGCAGCGGCAGCGGCAACAAUCACUUUCAACUGGAUCAGAGCGAGCUGGCGCGCCAGAAUCAAAUAACACAGCAGAUAUUUGCCAACUUUCUGGAGCGUCGCCUUUUUCCGAACCGCAGCGUUAGCCAGAAGAUACCCACCAUAGCGGAUAUUCUGCCCAAGCCAAAGCCCUCCCCACGUCCACGUCCGCGUGGCUUCUCCAGCAGCGACGGCUACAAGAAAAGCGGCGGCGGCGCCCAACGCAAUCGUUUGGCAGCUGCGGCGGCGGCUUCCAAGCGGCUAACGAGCUCAACUAGCCAGCGUUUGCGCUACGAGGACGAGGAGGAGGAAUUGGCGGACCAGGAGUCGCAGGCGAAUAGCAAUCCUCAUGAUGAAUACGACGAGGAUGUGCAGGAGUCGCUGCAGAGCGUCGAGUCAGAGCAGCACGAUCAGUACUAUGGCAAUAUUUUUCAUCGCGAUCCCAGCGAGAAUGAAGUCGAUAGCGACUGCCCCAACUGUGUGGACGAGUCGCAGUACACGCCGAACAAGUGGACGAUGCCGCUGCUGAAGCUGGGCGAGAAGCGCUACUACCUGGGCAUCUUCUUCAAGGCAAAUUGGUUCAAAGCCACACAAUACUGUCGGUACCAUGGCAUGCACUUGGCUAGCAUUUCAUCACAGGAAGAGAACGAUAGACUGGAGAAACACAUACGCGACUUUGGCUUGGGUCACGAACAUUUCUGGAUAUCUGGCACAGAUCUGGCCGAUGAGGGCAACUACUUUUGGAUGGCCACCGGACGGCCGAUUACGUUUACCAAUUGGAAUGCCGGCGAACCAAACAAUUUCCGCUAUGAGAAUGGCGAGGAGGAGAACUGCCUCGAGCUGUGGAAUCGCGAUGGCAAAGGUCUCAAAUGGAACGAUUCACCCUGCAGCUUCGAGACCUACUUUGUCUGCGAGGUGCAGCCCGUCUGAUGGACACAUCUGCAUUAACAUAUAUAAAUAAAUGCUUAUAUAUACAUACAUACAUAUAUAUAUGUAGGACAUCAAGCAUACGACAUGCGGCACACAAGGCAAAUUAUUUAGCUGGAAAAAAAUGAACAAAUUUAGUAGUUUUAAUGUGUAGUGUAUUAGUUGUUAAGUAUGUGAAGGCAACUGACUUUUGCUGUGCUGUGUAUGUGUUAAUCUAACUUCAUACGAAUCCAAAAUUUCAACAAAAUUAUUUACAUAAUUUAAUUAAUUUGGUUAAGUUCUUGUUGAUGCUUAGCUAGUAAACCAAUUAAAUUAUACGCUCGUGUAGGCAUUUGUAAAAAUAAACAAACAAAAAGCACCCCUUUAAAUGAUAUAUAUACAUAUAUAUAUAUAGUACAGUGUAAUGCGAUUUAUAAUCUAUAAUCAUUUGUGGAGUUAUAUGUGACAUUUCCAUGCGGUGCAAUGGUGCGUAUGAGUAACGCUCAAUAAUCAGAUUGGCCCCAAAAUGCGCGCAAAUAAAAUUGAAAGUGCCUGUCGACAGUCAAGCUGCUCUCUCUCUCUCUUCAGCACGCUCUCUUGCUCUACAUUCCGCUCACUCUCUCUCGCUCUCUUUCUUCCUUGCUCCUAAGGAUGCAGCCACCUGUCGUCUGCCAGCUUACUAAGCACAACUAAUGCUGAUAUAAGUUAUAAUCAUCUAAAGCUGCUUGACAAGGCGCCCAACUUUAACAAGCUGUAGAGAGGGAGAGGGACAGAGCGUGAGAGAGAGAGUGCAUAAGGGAACCGUCUGUUUAUCUCUCUGGUUGUCCAGCUGUUGAGCUGUCCAGCUGCACGCCGCCGGCAAGGGCUAGUCACGACCCUCUUGGGACAGACAAUGCGAAAACGUGCAACGCGCCGCCUUUAAAAACUGCGGCUGUUUGUUGUUUAUGCGCCCAACAGGGCUGAACAAGAAGGAGACAGAGAGAGAGCGAGUAAGACGGAAUGAGAAAGAGAGCGAGAAAAGUUUCACGCAUGCGUAAGAGAAAGAGCAAAUUUUAAGAGCAAUUGAGCUGGUAAGUCCCGGAAAGAUUAUAUGAAGACAUCUUGAAUUUAAUAUAUAUUAUUAGCUAUAUCCCAGGGACUAAGGGUCUAUAGCCUCGUCGUAUUUCAACUACAGCAUUAAAGUGUGGCUGUAGGAGAUACUUUCCAUGAAAAUUUGGGCAACAAGUGCAUUUAAAUUUGGAUUUAAAAUCCGUUUAAGGCUUAAUUGAAACUCUUAAAAAUUCAA